CUCGACAUCACCGCUCGCUUUCCCUCUCCUCUCCUCUCCUCUCCGCAACCCCCCACCACCACCUUAGCAGGUCAAUUCUUGCGCGAAUCUCCUCUACCCGUUCCUCGGAUCUGUCUGAAGACACUAAUAUCUCACAAUGGCCUCCGUUGCUCCCAUCACCGGCAUGCUCCGCCGCACCCUGGUCCUUGACCUGAGCACCGCUUUCGGUUUCGGUACCACUUUCGGCUACCUCUGGUGGUACGGCUUCCACCUCCCCCGCGUCCGCGCCCGUGACGACUACUACACCCGCCUCGAGGCCGAGCGCGCUGCUGCCCAGCAGUAAAUUCGCAUCGGCAACGCAUAUGCAUACGACUUCGCGCGUUGAUUGGGGAACCCAAUGUUUACCGUUAAAUAUGCCGGAUGGAACCGGGAUGCGUCAGCUACGUGAUAUGGGGAAGUGGAUGUGGGGGAAUGUGUAGCUGAUAGGAUGUGAUUGAUAUUGUUUUCGUUGUCUGGUAUAUUGCGUGGGUUUUGGGUUGGGUUUCCGGUUGAUGGUGCGGGUUGAAUGUGUUUGUGCUUGUGUGUGUGGAAUUGAAAGAAUAGAAGAAGGGAAGAAAGAAGAAGAACGUUUCCUCGAUUGAUUUUUUCGUCUGUUGUAUAUACGCUUGUACUCAUACAUGCGGUUG